AACGGGAGGCAUAAACUUGUGCUUGUUUUUCUUAGUUAUCAACAUUUUAUUGAUUCCAUAAAGAAUGUGUGCUUCUGAAGGAGUUGUCCACGUGGGUUUCCUCCCAAGUGCUGGCAUGGGUCACCUCAACCCAUGUCUCAGACUAGCGGCAGUGUUCCUCCGCCAUGGUUGCAAAGUCACUCUCAUCACUCCCAAACCCACUGUAUCUAUGGCUGAAUCAGACCUCAUAACUCGCUUUUGUUCUUCUUUCCCUCAUCAAGUAACUCAACUUGACUUCAAUCCCAUUCCAUUGGAUCCAACCACAGUUUCCACCAACAUUGACCCUUUUUACCUUCAGUUUCAAACCAUUCGUCGUUCCAUUCACCUUCUACUUCCAAUCCUAUCUUCACUCGCAACACCACUUUCUGCUUUCAUCUACAAUGUGUCCUUAAUCUCCGCUGUAGUCUCAAUUUCCGACAAACUCUUUUGUCCCAGUUAUAUUUACUUCACCUCUUCAGCUAGAAUGUUGUCUUUCACUGCAUACGUUUCUGUUCUUGCUGAUUCCGAUCCAGCUGCACAACCGCACCCUUCUACGUUCAUUGGUGAUGCUGUUAAAGUCCCGGGCUUCACGUCCCCGAUACCAAGAUCCUCGGUCCCUCUCGCUUUUCUUCUUGAAGGUAGCAACUCCUUUCAGAGAAUGAUCAUGGAGGACAGUCGAAACCUCACGAAGCUCGAUGGGGUUUUGAUCAACUCCUUUGAGGAACUGGAAGGAGAGGCACUGGCAGCGUUGAAUGAAGGAAAAGUGGUUAGAGGGUUGCCUCCGGUGUAUGGAAUCGGUCCCUUAAUGGCCUGUGAGUUUGAGAAUGUGGAUGAAGGUCAAAAGAGUGGCAUGAGUUGGAUACUGGAAUGGCUUGAUGAACAAGCUGAAGGGUCGGUGGUGUAUGUUAGCUUGGGGAGCAGAACUGAGACAAGGAGGGAGCAGAUAAAGGACAUGGCUUUGGGGUUAAUAGAAUGUGGGNAUAGUUUUUUGUGGGUGGUGAAAUUGAAAAGGGUUGACAGAGAAGAGGAUGAGGGUUUGGAGGAUGUAUUAGGGAGUGAGUUGAUGGGUAAAGUGAGGGAAAGGGGUGUGGUUGUGAAGGAAUAUGUGGAUCAGAUGAAGAUUCUGGGGCACCCUGCAGUGGGGGGGUUUGUGAGUCAUGGAGGGUGGAACUCAAUAACUGAGACCUUGUGGGAAGGAGUGCCUAUUCUGACAUGGCCUCAGCAUGGAGAUCAGAAGAUGACCUCAGAAGCCAUAAAGAUUAGUGGGGUUGGGAUUUGGGCUGAGGAAUGGGGGUGGGGGACAGAAAAGGUGGUGGAAGGGAAGGAGAUUGCUAAGAGAAUCAAAGAGAUGAUGAGCAAUGAGUCUUUGAGGAUCAAAGCUGGAGAAAUGAAGGAGGCAGCAAGGAAGGCUUGUGGUGUUGGUGGAAGUUGUGAGGUUAUUGUUAAGAGACUAAUUGAGGAGUGGAAGAGGAAGGCCCAAGUCAACUGAGCAUCGACACUCAGUACUAUUUUGCCUAUUCACAGUAUUAAGUUUAAGUCUGCGUUUGAAUUUCUUUCAGAAAAUAACACAGUAGUAAUCUCAAUUGCGUGAAAUAGUAUGCAAUUUGUGGUUACAUUUUCCAAUUUGGUUGACUGUUUUUGUUUAAUGCUCUGUAUUUCUUUGUUACAAAAAUAUUGCAGUUGGGUUUGGAACUUUAUGAAAA